AUGCAGAGACACCGAGCAACAGUUUACUAUCCAAAGCUCAGCCAGCACAACCUAAUUGAGUCGCUAACGUCCACAAACCUCAAACUUCAAGCGCCACCAAAUGAACGUUUUGCAAUCGAGAAUAGGUAUAUGUUACCUAUAGCCACCAAGCCUUUGGUGCACAUACACCAAUUGCGCAUCCAGUCGAAGCCACCGCCACCAGACACAGCCACGGCAACGUCGCUGGAGCUGGAGAUUUUCCCCUUUGAGUUCACACCCGGGUUGAACAUCCACGUCAUUCCCAAAAACACCAUCGAUGAUUCCGAUAACGAUGAAUUCUACGCCGAGUUGAAACUGGUGCUACUUGAUUUGGUUGAGAUUGAAAUUGGCGAUCGAGAGUGGACGUUGAGCAACGGUGCUCUUUUCCAUUUCUCGACGCGCGCAAGCCCACUCCACGCCAAUUCAACGUUGUUGAAUGUGCCCAAUUUGCCAAGUUUGCCAAUUUACGACUUGAUAUAUAAUGAUGGACUGUUUGUAGUUCGCAACUUGGAUCUUGAUGUCGAUGGAGUUGAGUACGAAAUGGAGUUGGGCACGUAUAAGGAGAUUGGCCUUUUCGCUAAGGACACCAAGGUUUCCAUCAGUAAAGAUGACGUUGUGUUGAGUGGGAUGCGAGUUGUGCUUGAUGGUGUCACUGAACAACAACAGCAGCAGCAGCAGCAAGCACAGGAGGGAGAAAAUAGACACAAGACUUUGUUCCAUUUGAAACCGAGACAUCGUUAUUUGACCAACAAGGUCGAGUCUAGGGUUUUGUCUGCGGGGUUGCAUCCCGUUCUCAGCACGAGUUUCGAAAGAGACGCACCUCUUUUAGGUGGUGGUGGCGGUGACGACGAUGUUGAACAAUGCCAGUUGUUUUACUAUCUCAAUUUGAACAGGUCGUUGAUUUUUGAUGAGUACCAGGACGUUCCAGCAGAUGCAACGUUGUUGGUCAAUGAAGGCAUUCAUAAUUUGGAACUGCCAGAGUACAAGAUCGAGCAAUGGGGGAACGAAUUGAUGUUUGAACUAGGCGAAGGCAGUGACAACGCCGGAGCACCACCACAGGGAGUCAACUUGACGCUUCACUCGAGGUAUCAACUCCCGCGAAAUAACGAGUCGUUGGUGUACACGGAAAUCUACAAUGCCCAUCCACAGCUAUUCUACGCGUGUCAAGUCAAAGAAGGGCAUUUAUUAGCGAAGCAGCCAUUUGACACCAAGAAAUUUAGCAGGUUAGGUGGCAAUUACGAAGGAUACUUCAACAAUGACACUGUCUUUUACCAUUUUGAACAAGUGAACCCUAGUCCGUUAUUGUCAUUCAAUAUCCCCCAUGGCACCACCACAUUUGAUAGAAUCAAUUCAUCGACAUUCAUUACUUUACUAAUUGGAAUUCUAAUUAUCCUAGCUGGAGUGUGGAAGAAACUCGCCAAGUCAAGUACGCCAGUAUCUCAAAGCAAAAAGACUGAAUGA